AUGGCACUCGCAGGGCUGGAUGAAGAGCUUACACGCAAGAUCCGUUCCGCCCGGCCUAAGCCUGCGCCGAAUGCUCGGCGCGGGGAAGCCUACCUUGAAGGCCGUGGAAGUGGAGAGGCUCAUGAGCUGCGGGAUGCAGCUGCUGCGGACGCUCUGCUGGUCGCUCGCGUGACGAGCCUGGCCCCGCUCUUGCACGCCACUCGCGUGGCUGGAAAGUCGAUCCAGGCUGCUGCGGCGGGCCUGCUGCGGAGUACGAGGAGCAUCGCGGCAGACGCGACCUUCCAUAAGCAACUCGAGGACAAAGAUCCUCCGGCAGCUUCUGGGACUAAGGCCAUGAUCGACGCAUUCCAGGACAUCGGACAGGCUUUGGCUGACUUGGCCGCCAAUCUUUCGAACCGGGUGACGGCUCCGCUGGAAGCACUCUCCAACAGCCUGAAGGAAGAGUGCGUGGAGGAGAGGCUGAGGCUUUUGGAGCUUGAUCAGCAGGACCUGGUCUGCUCGCGAGCGGUUGCAGAGACCCUGAAGCAGAAGGAGCGGACAUCCGCUGAGCUGCAGAGCAUCGCACGCCAGGAGAAUAGCCGGAGCUGGUUCCGGCGGCCUCAGGCUCGUUUGGAGGAGAUGGCAGCCAUGGAGACUGCAGUGGUGGAAGAGCUUGCCAGUAAGAUGGACCAACAAGCAGCCUUGAAGCGAAGCAAGGACCAAUGCAUGGAACAGUUCCGGCGCUCUCUGAAGCAGUUGGAUGACAGAUGUGCAUCUCAUCUUCAUGUUCUGGCCGGCGACUUCAGCCGUUCAUUGCUUGGCGCCACGGAGAAGAUUGGACAGGUCGCCGGAGCUGUAGCUGGGAUGCGUGACAGCUUGAAGAGAGAAAGCGACACCCUGAAACCGUCGAAGACCUUUGUGGCAACACUGACUACGUUGACUACGUCGGGUGAGCCAGGAUCUCCCUCUCCAGCUGUGGCCCCCGGAAUGCAGCAAGCGCAAGCCGGAGCGCUGCAACGAGAUGAUAGGACAGACAGCGAGCUCUGCGAACUCGACGCCCAAGCCCAAGCUCCUCAAAUUGAGUUUGCUGGCACACCAAGCUCACGUACUGGCCACACACGAGAAUCCAGCAGAGGAAGCCAGGUUCCUGAAGGCAUCGCUGCAAAGGACAGCCUGCCUGAACUUGCAACUGCUGCAUUUGAUGCCUCUGUUGAAUAUGCUUCGCCUUCGCCCAAAGAUACGCUGAAAGCACUACCUGUAGAAGCCGAACAUCCCGACAGUGAGUCCGACUCGCACGCUUGGGGCCUUGAGCUUCAUUUCGAUGAGCAUGUAAAGAAACUUGGCUUUGAGAUCGUGUGGGAGGCUGAGCGUCCCUGUGUGGGAAGUAUCGUUCCAGGCGGCGAGGCAGAGAGGGCCGGCUUAGUGCCGGGCGCGGUAAUCAUGGACAUGAAUGGUAUUUCCACAUUGGGGAAGUCGCGCGACGAGCUGAUGCCCUUAUUGAAGAUUCGGCCUUUGCAACUAAACGCGCGCAUCCCCGGCGGGCAGUUGGUGGAGAACUUGCUGCUCAACGAAAGAGGCUGCAUCAAGCUAACGGACAUGGGCCUCGCGAAGAUUUGUGUUGGCAAGACAUACACUGCCUGUGGCACGCCGGACUAUUUUGCGCCAGAGCUAAUCGCAUCUACUGGUCACACGAACGCAGUGGACUGGUGGACACUGGGCAUCUUCCUCUUCGAGCUCCUCAGUGGCCACCCGCCCUUCGAGUCUUCGUACCCAAUGCAGACCUACCAGAAAAUCAUGCGCGGCAUCGCGAAGGUGGCGUUCCUGCCGAAGUGCAAGGGCUCAGCCGAGGAUCUGGUCAAGAGCCUCUGCAAGCACGAGCCUUCGGAGAGGCUUCCCAUGAAGAAGGGUGGCAGCCGGAACAUCAAGUCGCAUCCUUUCUACAAGGGUUUCGACUGGACAGCGUUCGAGACGCUCAGUGCUCGAGUUUUUUUUGUCCUCUCCGCCAUGACCCGCAAGAAAUCCGGCGCCGGGCUGGGCAAUUCAUUGGCCAAUGACCGGCGAAAGCGUGCGGAACAGGGUUACAAGGCCAGCGGUGUCGCGGAGGACAAGGCGCACAGGUCGGUGCUCGAGCAAACCUCGCUGGAUGAUUUUAUCGCCAAAGCGGAGCUUGCGAAGGCCGACUUCCACGCCAUGAGAGGUCAAGCUGUCGAGUGCACGACAGAGAUCAUCUACCGAGCAGCUAUGGACCCGGCAGCCACCCGCGAGAGGGAGGCCGAGGCCAAGAAAGUGGACGUGCCCAUCCCCUGGCGCCCGCCUUGGAAAGAGGCCUCCUCCGCAGAAGAGCUGGCCUCGGCCGAGGGCCAAGCUUUCCUCGAAUGGAGGCGAGGGCUUGCAAAGCUCGAAGAAGAGGAUGGGUUGGUAUUGACGCCUUACGAGCGAAAUCUGGACUUCUGGCGCCAGCUUUGGCGCUGCGUCGAACGCAGUGACGUCCUCGUGCAAAUCCUGGACGCACGUGAUCCUGAAUUUUACAGAUGCCGGGAUCUGGAGCGCUACAUCGAGCAGUUUCCGGACAAACGCCACCUCCUCCUGCUCAACAAGGCCGACUUCUUGAAUGCAGAGCGGCGCGAGCAGUGGACCGCUUACUGGAAAGAGAGGGGCGUGGAGACUAUCUUCUUCUCUGCCCUGCGGGAGCUCCAGAAGCAGCAGGCCUCCGCUUCCUCGAAUCGCCCGUCGGAGAAGGCGGAUGAGGUCGAGGAGGACGACAGCACCAGUGACCUCGCUGACAGCGACGCAGAGGACGAGCUGGGGCAUGUGGAUGAUGCGCAGAGUUCCGCCAGCUCCCGACGUCUUCCGCCGCACGGUCCUCUUGCGGAGCACAGGAUGAGUGGCGUUGCGGACUGCAGCCGGUUGUUGGACGAGCUGCAAGCCCGCAUGCCUCCUGGGAGCAGCUCCAGAAGAGGCAUCGUAGGCUUUGUGGGAUACCCCAAUGUCGGGAAAAGCUCGGUCAUCAAUGCACUUUUUGGGGCGAAGAAAGUGUCGAUGAGCCGUACUCCUGGCAAGACGAAGCACCUGCAAACUCUGGAGCUCAGUGAUUCUAACAUAACCCUCUGCGACUGUCCGGGCCUGGUUUUUCCAUCGGUGGUAGCCACCAAAGCACAUCUGGUCAUCAACGGAACUGUCCCCCUCGAUGAACUCCGGGAUUUCAUCGAUCCCAUUCGGCUCAUUGUCGGCAAGAUCGGCCCUGAACCGAUCCUGAAGAGGUACGGUGUCAGUGCCUCGGAGGUCCGGGACGGUGCCAUCCGCCGCGGCGUCGGCGAGACCUCGGACGAGAUGGCGCAUCAGGUUCUGUGUGGUCUGGCGACCCACCGGCACCACUUCCUAAGAGUGGGUGUGCCUGAUGAGACCUGGGCUGCGCGGCGAGUGCUCCGGGAUUUUUGCACUGGGCAGCUGCUGCACUGCGAGUUUCCACCGGGCUGCGAGUCCAGUAAGCCGAUCUGCAAUUGA